AUGGGUGGAAAUGUUGUCGUCCUCCUCCACGUGCUCAAUGCUUGCUUUGCGGUGUUGGGCUAUUUUCUCCUUGUGGCUGCUCCUGAACCGGUGAAGCAGUCAUUUGCUAAUGCAGUCAAACUAAAGGAGUUUACUUUUUUGGGUCAAGGUGAAGACCCUCUUGAUCUCAAGAAAUGUUUUAUUGAUAUUAAUAAUCGUCAAGCCAGAGAAGACUCUGCUAUUAGGCAAGGUGAGUUGGUGGCUGAAAGAUUUGGGAUUGGUGUUACAGCUGAAGCUCAGAGCAUUUUUUAUGCUCUGUCCAAAACGCUUCCAGUGCACUGGGACAAGACUACUAUAGUUGUGAUGAAUGAAGUGCGCGUUAGUAGCCCAUAUCUUCCUGAGUCCGUCCUUGGAGGAACUCCAACUGCUAAUGAGCGAGUGCAGAAAGUGCUUGAGUUUGAGAGGAGAGAUUACAAACUCACUAUGCUGGUCAAUGACUAUGUUACUCUGUCAUGCAUUGAGGGUGAAUUGGUGCCGUCGUGUUCGGAUUACUAAGGGAAUGGCUUCUCAACUCUCUGAGCAUCAAGUUCUUUUUGGAUUGUUACCAAGUUUUGAUGGAGAAGUUUCCCUCAUGAAGUUGUGAGGCAUGCUCAAGGAUUCCAUAAUGUGGAAGGGGAUAAGAACUAUAAAGCAUAUACGUCUCCAGAAUAUUUCGACGCACACCUUACUCCACUUGGCUGGCAACAGGUUGAUAAUUUGCGCAAGCAUG